UGUGGAAGAUCAUGAGCGGCGCGGCUGAAACUAGCCGGAGCGGCUAGUGCAUACUUGUUUGCGGUCUUGAUUUUGACAAUUUUCCUCGACGAUCUCUUAUUCGAGGACUGUGAAUAAUGGUAUGGCAAUGCGAAUAGAUUGUCCAUUGCGACGCAGCCACCGUGUGGCACAGGCGGGCCCUGUGCUGCCAAUGGCCAUGCAGGACCGUGUGUCACCAGCAACAGAUGAUCGAGUGCACUGCUGUGGUCGGCGGUUUUGGUUUGUGCGGGACAUCUGUGGCAUCAUCUGUGCUGUGAUGACAUGGCUGUUGGUGCUGUAUGCCCAGUAUGUGGUGGUAGGCGUUAUACUCUUGCCAUCACUCUAUACCUACUAUGGCGCCUUUCACUUAUUGCUCUUUGAGCUGCUGGCCUUUUUGGCUGUCUUCUCACACGUACGCACCAUGGUGACGGACCCAGGUGCAGUGCCUCGAGGCACAGCCACGCGUGAGGCAGUGGAGCAGCUGGGCCUGAGAGAAGGUCGGCUAGUUUACAAAUGUCCCAAGUGCAGCUGCCUCAAGCCUGAGCGGGCUCAUCAUUGCAGCGUGUGCCAGCGAUGCAUCCGCAAAAUGGACCACCAUUGCCCUUGGGUCAACAAUUGCAUUGGCGAGAAUAACCAAAAGUUCUUCGUCCUCUUCACUUUGUACAUAGCAGUGAUCUCCUGCCAUGCAUUUUUCCUGGCAGUCAACCAUUUUGUUGGGUGCAUCAACAGUGAAUGGAGCACCCGCGGGAUUCCUCAUUCUUCAACAGGAUGCUCACCCGGCUCCCCAGCGGUCACCGUCAUCCUGCUCAUCCUACUCAUCUUCGAGGCGCUACUGUUUGCCAUUUUCACCCUGGUCAUGUUUGCGUCCCAACUGCAAGCCAUCUGGAAUGAUGAAACGGGCAUAGAGCAGCUGAAGAAGGAAGUGGCCAGAUGGCAGAAACGCUCUCCAUGGCGGAGCAUGCGGGCUGUCUUUGGGCGCUUCUCUCUCUCCUGGUUUUCACCCUUCACAUCGGCUGGAGAUGCACCCCUUCUCCCAGGUUACCUGUACGCUGUCUAGCACCAUUUCUGGAGCUGAUGCGAAUGCAAGCAUGGUGAACGUUGCACACCUCCCUCACGAACCCAGGGCUCCUAUUUGAGCCUAGGUUAUACCUAGCGUCUUGCAAGAAAUGCAUCUAAGUCUUUUUGUGGAAGAAACUUGACGCAGCACUACAAGCCAUUCAUUGUGAAAGCACUUUAAUGAGAAACGAAAAUCUAUGUGAAGAUACUGCAAGCCAUCCCAGGUUCCACUCCUAGAAGGCACUGGCACAGCACGAUGAGUUGGCUUGGCUGUUCUCUUUUCCUCUGUGGUGGAAAUGUUUGUGGUUAAGCAAAGACUGAAGAGGGCCAGAAUACAAGUGUGCAUUUUAAUAAGCAAAGUGACAGAGGUAGUGUUUAUGUGCCCGCUGCUCAUGUGGUACACUAUUGGAGGUGUGUAUAGUAUGUGUAUCUUAGUAUAUGACCUGCUAGACUUACAAGCUGUGAAAAAGCGACACACUUGAGGUUAUUCUUUUUACUACAAGAUGUUUUAUUGUACCAUCUGAUUGUUUCAGCCAGGGGUGGUAUUCCCAGAGAUCACUUUUCGGGAUACUGUCACUUCCAUGUAUUGGUGUUUGUAGGUGGCAGUGUUCUCGGUCUUAAUGUCAAGUGUACUGUCUUAUCACAGUGCAAAAACACUGUCACCUGUAUAUGCCGGCGCAUCUGGUGCUAUUCGCCCGAAAUUUUGUGAAAUAUCUCCGAAAGUGAGCACCAGAGAAUACCAUCCCUGAACAGUAUAGAUUUUAAGCAGUAAGUCUUAAUAUCAACGAAAGGCAGCAGUAAGUGUCUGAAGUGGCUUAAGAACAAAUUUUGGGGCAGUUUGAUAGCACUAUUUGUGAUGUUCACUUAAAACUACGUUUUUUGAAAACGGAUGCUACUGAACAGGAAAGGUCUGGACUACUACUUUUUUUUUUCGUGUUCUUUGAGUUCCAAGUUUCAAAAAGUUAGAAUUAUUCAUGAAGCUCAUUUACAGAAGCCUGCUUUACAGAAGCCUGCUUUUGUGAAAAGCAGAAAAUAUGCAGUGAUCUGAAAUAUUAAUGGGGGAUAUAGUUGUGUAAAAUGCAGUAAAUAUGGCAUGCAUCGCUGAAUGACUUUGGAACUUGGAUAUUUUAAACUUGCCUGUAGGCAACCAUUGAUAUCUGUUCACUUGAUUGUGUUACUUUGUACUGUAUUGAAUGCUUGUACGGUAAUGUUGAUAUGAAAUAAUGCUGCACCUAAGCACUUUGCAAGGCUAGAGUAGUAGCAGCAUAAAAACGCACAAAGUGUCUUUAGAGGUCUGCUUUUUAACUUGGAGUGAAAAUUGUUGAAAGCUAUUUUAUGUAAAUGCUAAGAAACAUAUACAACCCAAAAUUCUUAAGGCUCUAGAGCCUUUAUUUUGUAGACCUGUGCAUCUGUAAUGAUGCUCUGUGUCAUGUAUUGAAACAUUGUCAGAAUGCAUGAAAUCACAAAUGAAGUGGUGUAAUUUGAACACAACUUGUACGGCAAAAUUGAUAGUUUGCCAUAGAUAUAAGGUUGUCAUUUGAAUGUUCUGUAACGUGUGUGUGCUUUGUACCUUUACUGUGAAAAAUUUCGAGCAUUGUUGUACAAGAACACACUGUUGUACAUGUUAUUUGAAAACUACAUUAUUUAUUUUUCAAAAUCUGGUCACCACAUAUGUAACACUAUCAGGGCACUAUACUCACUUGAAUAUCUAGCUGGAAAUGUGUUUUUUUACAUGUGUAGGCAUUAGAAGACAUGACCAUUUACGCCUGUUAUGACAUUUGCACAGAUUUCUCUAGAGACUUGCUAGACAUGCUUGGGAGUGCUUCCUUAAAAGCCGUUUAUGAAUUGGCUGAAGCUGUGUGGAACGCUUUUGUGCAUACUGGAAAAAAAAAGCAGUUUAUAAUGUGGAUAAAUGUUGCCUGAUCUAAGCCCUAACAAUUGUGCUUUGCUGUAUUUGCAUGUCAGUAGCACAUAUAGCAUUUGCUGUGUGUUAUAGUCAUUCUGAAUGUGUGAGUCUGUGUUAACUGUUGAAGACCAGCAGAGAAGAUAAACUGGAGAAUAGACUUUUUUUUUUGUUUUCUGCUUAUACAUAAGCAUUUUCAUGUCACUGCCUGGCAUUGUUGGUUUGCUUGUAUGUGUUUUGAUUUUUUUAGCCAUUUUUGCUUGCCUGACGUAAUUUAGAUUUGUGAUCCUUUGGUUGGUUGUGAAUGGGCUAUGAACAUGUUUAUGAAUUGCAAUGGCUAUGUGAUUACAGUAUGAGAAGGGUAGGAAGGCACUGUAUGAAACUGGCGUGUUCUUUUUAUGUGUUGUCAGCUAGCCGAGCUGCACCACUGCAGACCUCCUGAUUCUCAGUUCUAAACAUAUAACAAUAAGCUCCCCCCCCCCCUCCGUUAUAUUCAUUUCUAUGUGGCAUGGCAGUGCUGUUUUUGUUUUUGUGAACAGUAUCAGCAUACAGGGUUCGUACAGGUCCUUGAAAACCUUGAAAACCCUCGGAUUUGAAAAGUACAUUUUCAAGGCCCUUGAAGGUCCUGAAAUUGUGUUCUGUCCUUGGAAAAUCCUUGAAUUCUGGGACCAGUGCAGUCUAAAGUCCACAGUGCGACCUGCUUUCUGUUGUAGAUUAGCGUCGAUGUGGCAAACUUUCCAUUUCAGAAACAAUACACUGUGCGAGUUCGCAUGUAUUCUGUUUGUUCAUGCCUUGGCCUAUCGUUCAUUUCACUCCUCACCCGUCAGUGCAUCUUGUCUUGCUUUCUCUCUCUCUCUCUACUUAUCUCCUUAUGACUUCACUCUUGUCUCCUGCAUUUAUGAUGCUUUUUUUCCUUGUCAAGCGAGCGGUGCAUGUGUUUAGUACACUAACAAAGUCAAGCCUUGCUAAUACUACUAGAGAAGUCUCAGCACCUGUCCUGAAUAUUUGUUGUGCGUUGGCAACUACUUCAGAUAGCAUCAAGGCUAGACUUUUAUACAGUAUAAUAAUACAGUUGAAACUUGAUCUAACAAAACCCGAUUUUGAGUAGUUCCUAAUCUAAGGAAGAAAUCUGCAUUCCCCGGCAGGUGUUCAUAAGGUUCAACGUUGUUAGCUUGAACUAACGAAACUAGCUUGUAACCAAAACUGAUUUAGCGAAGUUUUUUUCUGUAAUAAAUUAGUAAAAAUAAGCACCAAUUUUCUUUUUUUCUUCUUUUUUUUUUAUAGAGGUAGCUUUUUGCUUCAAGUGCGGGCACUAAUGCCAUUGCGUUAAAACACUUGUCGGCCAUAGUCACUAGCCUGGUUUUAUGUUGACAAGGCUACGCGCCACCUACAUGCACGAAACAGUUGACUCAGCAGUCACACUGUUGCAUAUCAGAUGAUGCUAUGGGCGGCGGUGGUUUAUUGUUCCCGUCAGUGCUCCCAUAGGCACACAUACUACUGUGUGCUUUCGUUAUUUCAUGAUUUAUGCGACCGAUGGCACUGAUCGUCUGCUCGCAACUUUCUUGCUCGCCCUGCUCGCAUAGUCACUGCACUCGUUCUCCCCGUCUUUGCAUUUCAGCAGCAUGUCAUUUCACGUGACUGUCUAGCUGGCCUGCAUCGCCUGGACCAUAGAUGUGAGGCUCAAUGUUUCAUACACCUGAACAAACUUGUCACACGAGCACGCAUGGGUUAGUGGCAAAAACAAUGCUGUGGUAGAUUUUGGGUGUCUCUUACAAUUUUAAGUUUUGAAGGACUGAAAAACCGCUUUCUCAAUUGUACAAACUUCCCGAUUUAACAAGGAAGGAAGAUAAAUUUUAAGAGCUCGUUCUUUCUUUGUUAGACACAAUAUUAUUGAGAACUAGCAGACAGUAAUGCCAAGGAAAGUAUAGGGGAUGUUGUUUGUAGUAAUUAGGAUAUAAAUGUGAAGAAAGUAAAGUGGACGAAAAGAUAACUUGCUGCUGGCAGGGACUGAACCUGUGACUUUCGAAUAACGCGUCCGAUGCUCUACCACUGAGCUACGGCGGCGGUCAUCCUCCCGUCCACUUUAUGGGGUAUAUAUAUGUAUUUAAACCUAGGAGUGUUAGUCAGCGCCGACUUCUUCACACUUAUAUCCUAAUUACUACAAACAACAUCCCCUGUACUUUCCUUGGCAUUAUUGUCUGUUAGUUCUCAAUAAUAUUGUGUCUAACAAAGAAAAAAAAACGAGGCCUUAAAAGUAAUCUUUUUUCCUUCAUUCAUAGCGAGGGUCUCGUUCUGGCAGACUUGAUGACUUCAGGUAGUAUGCGAGGCAUUAUUGGUCAGCUGCCAGCUCAUAAAAAGAUCACGUACUAUGUGAUGCCAAACAGGCAGAAAAAGAGUGUUCCACACUCGCUGCCAUGACUCUGAUCGGCGCUUACUAACAUUCCUAGGUUUAAAUACACAUAUAUACUCCACAAAAUAGACGAAAGGAUGACUGCCGCCGUAGCUCAGUUGCAGAGCAUCGGACGCGUUAUUUGAAGGUUGCAGGUUCGCUCCCUGCCGGCAGCAAGUUAUCUUUUCGUCCACUUUACUUUCUUCGCAUUUAUAUCCUAAUUACUACAAACAACAUCCCCGAUACUUUCCUUGGUAUUUCUGUCUGUUAGUUCUCAAUAAUGUCCGAUUUAACAAAGUAAUUUGAGCGUGGUGAUGACUUCGUUAAAUUGUGUUUCAACUGUAUAUGUAUAAGUGCGAUACAUUUAGUCAGAAUUUGAAACACUGUUAUAGUAAAGAAAAAAAAAUCUUCAUUUGGAUGCCGUUUUUUAGUCCUUGAAAAACCUAUGACAGGCCCUUGAAAUUCCUUGAAUACCCUUGAAUCUUUUCCUUUGAAACCUGUACGAACCCUGCCAUAGUGACACUGUUCUUGUCACCCUAAAAAAUAAAUAGCCAUGUUUUUAGGUGUGAAAAUGGAAUUACAGAACUCAAGAAUAGAGAUAGAGAGGUUCCCUGCUUUUGAAAAUAUAUUACGUGCAUAUGUUGUAUCCUGUUAAUGGUCGUGUCAUCUUGUUGCAGUGUGACUUGAGUUGGGAUUUAUGCAACAUGUCUGAGGACAGGUUUGAGAAAUGUCCUUAGCGUCAACUUUAUACAUGCAUCAAAACUUGUGGUAGCCUCGGUACUCACCGGAGUCGAGACCACUGCGGGUUCAGGCUUAGCAAGCCACAGGGCCGCGUCCGCUGUUGCCUGCUCACGUGUAGCGCACCACUCCGCGCGCGCUCAGCUUGCAAAGGCGUCGAGCACCGAUGACAAAACAGACAGUGUUCGAUCUAACAAUACAACAAACACUUUAUUGCUUUUGGCGGCCCCCAACAAACUGCUUGCACUUUGUUUUCAGCAGCAUUGUUGUCCCAGAAUGUCUCAAAUUUGCCCUGGGUGUCCUGAAAACUUCGGUUGUCCAGCUUUUUUAUAAUUCUUCCAGUCAUUAAGCAGAUGUGCUUUACUUACUGAGCCAUUCUGCUGCUGGUAAAAACGCAUAAUAUUAUGUAAUAUUCCAGGCACUCACCCGCGAAGUGUCAGAGGCUUGUUAUAGAUCCAUUGAGCUAAUGCUUACUGGCAUACACUAAUUUGUGUCUUGUAUGUACUACAGUGUAUACUUCACAUAGUUCAACUGUAACAGAGUGGGAAUUCGUUCAAGAGUUAUUGAUGGGGCUCACUACUGUACACUGCAGUGUUGCAUACGUUGAGCCCAUGUGAAAAGCAAAAGUAGCAUGUUUUGGGUUUAUUACAGAAUUCUUGGCUACUUCCGCCAGUGCACUUGACAUGUCCCCUUGACACGUCCACUUGACAUGUGUGGGCUUGCUUUAUGCAGCUCCGAGAAACGUCAAUACAUAUGGAUUUUUAGAGUUUCGUUAUGAGGUUGGAUACAGUAGGACUUGAUGCCAAAGUGAGCUUGAAACAUUAGAUUCUGUAGCAAGAUCGUUGUGUGGCCCUGCUAAAGAAAAGCUCUUCACCAAACCUUGUAAGAUUAGGGAAUGGCAAUUAUGACUUGUGCGUAAAAUAAGCACUCAAUUUUUUUAUUUUUGUUUUUCUAGAAGGCUGACUUCAAGAAUAUCUUGAAGGAGAAAAGAAGUGUAGGUGAAGUGUGUAGCCACUUGAGGUAUUCUCGACAAAUUAUUUAUAUGUUAGAGAAUAAAACAAAAUAUUUCUUGGUGGCCGAGACAUGAUAAACAUUUAGAUGCCAUGCUUCAUAACCUUCAUUUCCAAUAAAAACAACCUGAACAUAUUUUGACUAUCCUUGAACCACCCUUUAACACUUCCCAAUUUUCUCCAGACUUUAGUCUUGUUGCUGUCCAGGUUUUUCCAAUUCUACGCAUCAGCCAAUUAAGAAUAAUGGGUUGUAUGUGAAUGCUUUUUAAAAUGCCCUGCACCAGGUUUUGUCGUUGUAAAGAAAGAACCCCUGUCAUGCACUGACAGCAUGCCUGCAAGAUAUGACACCUGUGCGCACCACAAAAAGAGCCAAGGACUCAAACGUAAGCUUGUAUGCCCUGUAGUAGCCAGUCUGCUAGGCAGUAAGAGAUGGGCAUUAGAUCUGUCAAGCCACAGAGGCUUUCUGUAGCAUUAAAUAGUCAGCAGCAACACAACACACUAGCCACUGGGCCAAAACCACUACUGAAAGUUGCAUCACUUGGACAAAAAAAACAAAAACAUGCAUACACAUGAACAUUAUAAAAGGGGGUGGCACUUGUGACCCAUAUUAUGGACCUACAGCUCCAAUGUAGGGAAAUGCAAGGGAGGAAUAUUGCUUCUGGAUGCUAGUCAAGGCAAAGAGAGAGCCUGUGGUUCAGGGACAACGGUUACCUCCUCACACCAUGACUUCGCAACGUUUCGUUUGCUUCUGUCUUUGUUAUGGCCGAACGCUUUUCAGAUAUUUUUGCAGAAGAAUGCUCCAUGGGAUAGGGCAUCAUGAGUGGCCCCUUGAGUAGUAAUGUGUGUGUAGUGUCCCAGCUAAGUAACUAUAUCUAAAAUCUUAUGACUUAUGAAUGGGAGACUUCUUGCUGCAGUCAUCUUCUGAAAGGAAAUUUCAGGUAUUUCUUAUUCUGAACAUUAUCAUGUAACAGGCAUUUUUGUUGUUUAAUUGCUGAAAACGAUUUUUCAAUGAGAAAGUUACAAAAUUUAAAGUCGAGUACUACAACGUUACUUUUUGAAGAGGUGCUGUUACUCACUAUGAGUGUUCUUGUAUAUUGAGCACAGCCUGCAAAACACUGGAAUAGACUGGCUUUACUGUGUCUUAUAACUGCUAUUCAGAUGACAAGCAAACACACAGCAAGACACCCGUGAAACUACCGAAUGUUUUUAGUCCAUAAAAAACUAGAUGAAUUCUAACACAAGUGCAUUUAUCAAGUGUCUACUUUCGCUAGUAGAAGCAAUGACAAUUGAACUCCUUGUGUUGUUAUUUGUCAUAUUUAAUGCAGUCAUUGCUAUUUGCAGUCCAGUUUUUAGGAUGCAGUAUCUCCAACUUAGCUGUGUUCACUGCAUUAAUGACUGACACGAUGACUGUGUUUUAUUGUAAGAACGAGAGUCACCAAUGGCAAUGACCUAUAGAUGUGCUACCAAAAACGGCAUCCUAAAUGGAACGGUAAAAUGGACAUUUUUGCUGAUGAAUGUUCAGACAAUGUCGCUUUUCUUUUGCUUAAAAAAGGCUAAUUUGGAGGCAGCUUCAUGAGGUGUUAUAUAAUAUUUAUUAUAACCUGAUAAAAUUUAAAAAUUAUCUCAACAUUUGAGUCCUCGAACAACACUAGCGUCCUUACAGAUUGCUAGAAAUUUUUCUAAUUGUUGUGCAGCAGUGCUGUGUGUUUGUGUCUGGCCAUGUUUGAUUGUAUUGUACAUUAAUCAAUAUUGCAUUUCUUUGCAGCAUCAUCUGUUUAAAGUUCGGCUCUACUUAGUUGGAGAUGAUGCACUGUACCUUCAUACAUAACAUUUCCAAAAUAUGCAGAUAGGGGAGGGUUCGGUAGGGGGGGAUGACACUAUUCGGUACUGCCAUGAAUGUUAUGGCUGGUAAAACGCAGCAUUUGUAAACACUGAACCAGAACACAGCAGGUGCAUGCUUUCUUGCAUUCAACGCUUCGUCCAGAUCUGCAAAAGGUAAUAGGUAUUUCAGGUAUUUUUCUAAUGGCAGCCUUCACUGCGCAUGCUUGCUGUGGAUCUUUCAUUUUUUGUUUUCACUACCAUCGAUGUAUGUGACAACCUGUGUCACGUUCGAGGCACUUUGUUGUGAUCUUUGUUGUCCUGAUGACUGUUUUUGACGUGGGAGACUGUGAUUUAUUUGGUGGUUUCUAAACAUUGUGAUGUUCAUAUUUGUUUUGUAUAGAAAGUGUUAUUGAACUGUGUGAAUUAUGUGCUGCAACACUGACCAGGGUGGGCAGGAUAAUGGCAGUGACGUAAGUAAAAGAAAAAUUAAGGACAAACAAAA